AUGAAGAGACGUACCAUAUUUCUGUUUUUACUGCUCGCGCAGUGUCUUUCAUUAGUAUCUUCAUUACGGGUUUGCACAAGAAGACACUACAAAGUACACUCAAAUGCCAUACUUCAAAGAGUGGAGCUGGUCUCUGCCGAAAGGUGUGUAGAAAGAUGUAUAGAAGAUAUGCAAUAUUGCUUCAUUGCUCAAUUUACUAAAGACGAGAAUGAUUUACUCGGUGUAUGCACGUUAUUCAAUGAAACUAAAGAUGCUGAAAUUCAUCCAGAUGCAACAUUAGCCCCGUUGUCUAUUAUAUACGAGCUACUGGAAAAGUGUCCACCAUUUACUGCUAGUGAUAUCACCCACAGGAUAACCAAACUGCAUAGAGAUGCUUUGUUGGAUGGUAGAGAGUCUAAGAAUGACAAUAUGGCCCGACUGGCCGAUGCAUUCUUUCCAGAAAGUCGAGAUCAUGUUGGGUCUGAUGAUGAGUUUAAGUUGGAAGGAGAGCGUUAUGCAGUAAUGCGAAGUAUUGAAGAAGUGGAAAUCCAAGCAGCCAAAAACCGACAAGAACUACCUCGAGAUCCUUUCAACGAUGGUCCACGCUUCCACCAAUCAUCUCAUGAACGUGAACGUGGAGAUGACACCGAUCGUCAAAGAGAUCGAGAAUAUCUGAAAACGAUCGAUGAAACCGAAGAAUCCGAAAGACCAAUUCGUCCAACGGUUCUUCAUCGAGGACAACAAUCUUCUCAACAAAUGAGUGCUUCGCCGGUGGCGUCUGGGAAUCCAUGCUUGCCGAACGCAGCUUGUGCACGUACUCUUUAUCAACUCGAUACGGCCCCAUGCCCGGCAAGACAAGGGGAUCCUUGUGCUCCGAAGAGGCCAUGCAUGAACGAUGACUGCUAUCACGUCGCCCCUCCUGGCCAAGCUUCUCCACCAAUGCAAGAAUGGACGGAAUGGUCGGAAUGCUCUGCAAGCUGUGGAAUAUCACUUCGGACUAGACAGUGUCUUGGCGGUAUUACAUGUAUUGGUCCUGCCACGAUACCUUGUCAAGUUCCUGAAUGUUCAGUCUGGACUCUGUGGAGUCCGUGGUCUUUGUGUACAGCAACUUGUGGUGUUGGAGAGAUUCAACGUAGCAGAGUAUGCCAAACUGGGCGGAAUUGUGAAGGUCCUAGUGUGGAAGUUGAGGCAUGCAAAGCCUUGCUCCCAUGUCCCACUUGGUCGUCAUGGACGUCUUGGACAGGUUGUGGCAACUCUUGUGGCAGAGGAAUCGAAAGACGGUCGCGAAUCUGUCAGAAUGGCUUACUUUGUCCGGGACCGGCAACUGAAGAGAGGCCUUGUGACAAGGGACCGUGCCCACAUUGGAGUCCCUGGGGGCAAUGGGAGAAAUGUAGCAAAGAAUGUGGAGCAGGACAUACGUACCGUACCCGUGAAUGCAUAGACGGAGUUAGUUGUGAAGGUGCUUCUGAGGAGAAGGUUCUCUGCAAUCAACAACCAUGUCCCAGUUGGUCACAAUGGACUUCAUGGACAUAUUUAAGUAUGUUUAGAAAAUGUUUGAACGCUGACAACAACAAUGCAUGUGAUGGACCAGCUCAGGACCAAAUGAGUUGUCCUUAUCGAGAUUGUCCGAAAUGGGAAGAAUGGGGUGAAUGGGCAGAUUGCUCAACAACUUGUGGUCAAGGAACACAGAAACGUCUCCGGAAAUGCGACAGUGGAAAUGAGUGCACGGGUCCCUCUGAAGAAAUGCGUUUCUGUCAGGUGGCUUCUUGUCCAUAUUGGGGAGAUUGGAGUCCGUGGAGUGGGUGUUCUGUUAGCUGUGGACAAGGUGUUUGUGAGAGAACACGGAAAUGUAUUACUGAUGACUUCCUGCAACUUCCAACCCUUGAAGAACUGGAAAGAGAUGACUCCCUAGAAAAACAUGAAGCCAAAGAAGCUCUUAUUGCGCGUGCAAAAACAAUUUCCAAGUAUCGUAGAACGAAUGAGACUCGAUUAGCACCUUUCCGGCCGUUGAGUCCGGAACCACAACUUGGUGGUACCUGUGACGGGCCAGAGAUGGAAACAAAAGUUUGCGAUGCAGGUCCCUGCUGUGUUUGGAAUAGAUGGACUGAAUGGUCUCCGUGCAUUGGAUGCGGAAGAGAUGGGGUGUCAAAACGUAAUCGAGUGUGUUCUAUGGAGGGACACUCUCCUGCACCACCUCCAAUCAGCUUCCAAGAUAAUCCUCGGGGUACUUAUGUGACGGCAUCAAUCGGACAAGGGGCCCUCGCGCCAAAUCUGCUUGCAGGCUUAAGCCCAAUAGUGCCAGUGGAAAUACAUCGAGGAAAACGACAAGUUCUUUUUGGAAUCCAGGCAACACCGCAGUGCCAUUGUCCAGGGGAUACAUUCCAGACGAGACCUUGUCUUGAACCAAACCCCUGCCAAGACCCAGUUGGAAGAUGUGAAUGGUCAGAAUGGGGAGAAUGGUGUGGAUGUAUGAGAUGUAGACCAGGGAAAGAAGUUCGUCGUCGUUUCUGUGACAGGAGUCCGAUUGGUCAUGGUGGACCGAUGCGUCCAGAUUCAACAUGUGAUUGUGGAAAUGGGGAUGACAAUCAAGAACGACCAUGUCCUAUGGAUCAAAAUUGCUAUGGUGAUUCCACAGGAAGGUUUGGAAAUGCGGCAAGCUUACAAAACUCAAGAGAAAGACAAGAAUUCAGAGGUAGAACUGGUGCUUUUCACAAUCCUCCAGUACCCCAUAGAGGAAGAGGUGGAGGUAAUGACAACAAUCGACGGCUUCCUUCCCAAGAUGAAUAUGUUCCAAUUGACUCUGUAAUCGGUCGUGUGCAGCUUCGAGGCGGCAAAGACUCCCAAACAUACAGCAAAAAGGACAAUGCAGAAGCAUUUGAAACAACCGAAUUUCCCUAUAAAGUGUGUCACUGGUCGAAAUGGUCAGAUUGGAGCAAAUGUCACGGCAACUCUACAAGGGAAAGAAAGCGGUUCUGUAUUGGUGAAAAAGACUCAGAAUUGGUGAGUAAUUGCGAGUGUGUUGGAAAACCUCAUGAAGAAGAGCCCUGCAACGCAACCGGCUUCAUUGAGCAAAGUAACGAGGAAACAGACAGAGAGAUAGAAAAUAAUUUGGAUAAACUUCUCAGCGAAGAAGAUGCUGCAGGGACAGACACUGAGAUUUUGGAGGAAAAAGAAAAAGAAGAAGAGUCAAAAUCAAAAAUUGAAAGCUCCAUCGGUGACGUUCAAUGUGACUGGACGAGAUGGUCCCAGUGGAGCGUUUGCACCGCAACUUGUGGAGAAGGACGACGGAUGAGGAGAAGACGUUGUCCCUGCGGAGACACAAAGUGUGGUGCUGGAAUCGAUUCAGACUCCGAGCCGUGCCAAAGCACACCUUGUCAAUCUGGACACUCGGAGAGACGGAAGCCUAUUUUUACAAUUCUUCCAUCGUCCACCUAG